AGUUGUAUUCGUGAAAUCUAUUGUGGACAAUUUGUUUUCUCCGCAAACAAAACAAAUUUUAUUUAUUUCGGAGACAAAAGGUUUUCUUCUAAAGAAGAAACUUUUACCCCUUUUUCUUUAUUUUUUUGAGAAAAGAAAUUUGAAUAGAGCAGCAAAAAAGAAAAAGUGUUAAUUAUGUCUGAGGAUCAUUUUGAUGAAUACGAGCAUUUCAACUACGAUUAUGAUAAGCACAUCUUCAGUGCUCACAGUGGAAAACAAAGAAGCAAACGUGAGGCAAUUCUCCAUACAAAUCAUUUCGAUCCAAGUGGACAUUCACGAAAGAUCGUUACUAAAUUAAUGAAUUCCGAGCACAAUAAACGACACGUUGAAAAAAAUAAAUCCUAAAGAAGAAUAUUUGGCGCAGAACGAGAGGCAAAAAAAAAAGGAAACAAAAGUUCCCAAAAAUUCAUCGGAAAAAACGAAAAACCCUCGUUGGCAAAAAAUUUUCUCCAGGAUCUGAAGGAACACUGCUUUCUUUUUUUUAAUUACGUAUUAAGAAAACAACAACAAAAAAAUGUGAAAAAAAUGAAAAAAUUGCAUUUAAACGUUAUAAAUAAUGUUUCAAUUCUAAGAAACCAUAAAAAUAGCAACCAUAGUUUCAUCAUUGAUUGAUGUUGUUUCACACUAUGCGAUUUGCAUUAUUAUUACUUAUUUAAAAUAAAAAAAAAAAUUUUUUUUUUAUUAUUUAUUUCCCUUUUCGGAAAUAAGUAGUCAUAAUAUCGAUUUAUGAAAAUAUAAUUUUAAUGUAGAAUAAGCGCAAAAAAAAGCGAAAAAAAAUAUUAGAAUAGUUACACUAUAAUAAAACGUGUGCUGUUUCUUAGGAAUUUUAAGUAAAAUAAAAGAAAAGAUGUAACUUUUUUUUCUAAGUUAUUAUUAGAAAGAAAAACAAAAAAAAAAACAAAUGUUUUAAUUCUAUUGUUAAAAGAAAUACAUUUUUAAUGUGUGUGAGGAGAGAAAUAAUAAUUCUGGAAUUAUGUAGAAUUAUAAGUAACUCAUGAUCUUAAUAAAUAGAAAAAUAUAUAAA